AUGUAUGCUUAUGAGAGACUGAAACUAGUGAUUCAACUGGAGGAAGGGGAUAAACAAUUUCCUAGUCAUCUAUUGAAGAAGGUGAUUACAUCCUAUGCUCCAAUGCCUGUGAGGGGUACAAAGACCAGAGCAAACUAUCCUAAGCUGGAAUAUGACAAGCAAGGGAGAAUCAGCUCACGACCAGUUCGCAAGAGGUCAUCAGAGGAGCCUUCAGUUUCAUCUACAGACAUGACCAAUGCUUCCAUCUCUCUUCAGCAUCAAGGUGAAAUGGUUUCUACUAUUCUCAUGGAUCCCUCUGAUAUGUGCAUUUCCCUGGCCAUCUUCCUCAUGGGCCUGGGGUUCCAUUGA